AUGGGCGGAAGCAAGCCCCGCGGGAUCAAGUGCGCCCGUAAGCUCGUCAUCCGCCGCCGCUCGCAGCUGUGGGCCGACAAGGACUACAAGAAGGCGAACCUCGGCACCAAGUACAAGUGCAAUCCUUUCGGCGGCACAUCGCACGCGAAGGGCAUUGUCGUCGAGAAGAUCGGCAUCGAGGCCAAGCAGCCCAACUCCGCCAUCCGCAAGUGCUGUCGAGUGCAGCUGAUCAAGAACGGCAAGAAGGUCGCCGCGUUCGUCCCCCGCGACGGCUGCCUCAAUUUCGUUGACGAGAACGACGAGGUGCUGAUCUCCGGCUUCGGCCGCCGUGGGCACGCAGUCGGCGACAUCCCGGGCGUGCGCUUCAAGGUCGUGAAGGUUGCAGGCUGCGGCCUGGGCGCCCUGUACCGGGAGAAGAAGGAGAAGCCGCGCUCCUGA